AUGCUUAAUUAUAUAAAAGCUGAUCAUAUUAAUAAUAAAGGUUUACCAAUUCGAAAUAUUGCAGCUAAUCUUCAAUUAGCAGCUUCAACUGUUCAAAGUAUUGUCAAUACUUUUGAUAAAGAGGAUCAAAUUUUGUGCAAAUCAUGGUCAGCUGCUAUUCAUAAAGUUGUGAAUAACAGAGGAAAAAAUAUUUCUGUUAUUGCUGCAAUUAAUAAAAAUGGUGUCUUGCAUUAUAAGUCUAUUUUAGCAAUGGAUAAUAUUAGUUUUCAUAGAUCAGAUGUAGUCAAAGAAACUGUUGCAAAUACUACACAUCAACUUUUAUAUCUACCAGCAUAUUCUUCAUUUUUAAAUCCAAUUGAGAAUUGUUUUUUAAAACUUAAAGAUUCUGUUGCUAGAAAUCAUUUAAGAGGUCGAGAAACAAUUUUAAGUAGAAUGAAUAAUGAAUUUAAUAUUGUUACAGAAGAAGAUUGUAUAGGGUGA